CUCACGUGAUUUAUUUUCGGAUUCCUAAUCUUAACCUGCUGCCGCUUCAAGGCGUCGUGAGGUUCCUCGCUUGGCGCUGGAGAUGGAGGGUUAUCUGUCGCUGCUGCUUUUCCUUGCCCGGUUGCCGGGCGCUGCAGAGCAGCGUGCUGAUGUGAAUGAGCUGCCCGGGGCUUGGCAGUCCAGCGGCGGCGGCGCUGCACCGGAGAAGGUGCGAGGCGAAACGCUGCGUGCAGUUGAAAUCAAUAAUUGUUUGAAGAAUGCGCCAGAGGUGGGAUGUGCGGUUUUUGAAUGUUUGGAAAACAGCACCUGUGACCUGGAUAAUCUGUACAAGAUCUGUAGCCUCCUUCUCCAGAAUGCAGGAAGCUUUAACACACAGGGAAAGCAAUUUAUCAAAGAUUUCCUGAAGUGUAAUGCAGUUGGAAUUAAAUCUAGAUUCAGCUGCAGUAUUCGAAGAUGUCUUGCAAUACAGCAGAUCCUUUCCGAAUUGCAAGAGACUUGUUACCAGAAGAAUGACAUCUGUGCUGUAGCAAAUGAUAAUGCUGAUGCUUUUGCGGAAAUGAUUGAUCUACACAAUAUGUUAUCAAAUAGGGUGUACUUAGAAUUUGUAAAGGUGCUAUUUGACUGUGAUACUAAUAUUGCUAAUAGCAUAAGGAGAAGUAUACAAACUCGAUUUGGUCCAAACCUUGAUAUUUUAAGGAGAAUGAUUCAAGAUAAUUCCUGCAGAAUAACUGAGAAAGCAACAUUACUUGGUAAGAAUCGAACACCAGGAUCUACUGUGAAGCCUGAGAAGGUCAGUAGAAGAGGGAGAAGCCUUGGAUUAGACAACCUUACAUCUAGAGAUGAAUACUGGAACCAGAAAACUGAAAAACCUGUACAUAGAUUUCCAUAAUUGUGCAUAGAUUUCUGCAUUAAAUGCUAAAUGUACAGUUUGGUGCUACUCGUAGCUUGAUUGAUAAAAUGCUGGUUUAUUACAGCACCUUUUAGUUAUCUUAUUCCCCACGUCAGGCAUUAAUCAUUGCUGUUGUACACAAUAGUUUUGGUACUAAACAAAAUUUCAGCCUUUUAGCGAGGAAACCAUAAAGAAUAAUACACCGUGUAGAGUAUAAUAGUGUUUUAAAGACAAUUUCACAACUGGAUAAUCAGAAUAUUCCUGUGAAGUUAAGUAACACUUGAUGGUUAAUUAUUUACUGAAAUAUAUCAAUCUUCCUUGGAAUGGGUGAGAAACUUAAAAAUGAAGUCUCAUUCACAGUGUAA